AUGGCUGAGACCGAGGAGCCACGUUUCAAUUCCCUGGCCGAGAGAAUCGCGGCACUGAAUCAACAGAGAAACUUUACUACCCCCUCCUCCACAAAGCGGCCCCCUCCUCCUCCACCCAACAGACCACCAUCGAGAACCCCCAGCCAGGUAAAUUCUCCCCCUUUGGAUGGCGCCUCGCAGAACGCAACGCCUGUCGUUCCAGCACGACCAGCGAAAAGAGCGCCUCCUGCUCUUCCUCAGAGGAGCAACACCGAACCUCAAAAUGGGUUAUCACCAAACCACAGCCUCGCCCCCCAAAGACAGCCGUCUGAGCAGAUAUCGCCUGCUUUGCCACCCAGGAGGCCUUCGACCCAGUCGCUGACCACACGCCGCAACUCAAAUGAGUCUGUCAAGUCUCAUGCCUCAAGCAUUUCUGCGCUCUCUCUGAACCAGGCUGCUGGCUAUAGGUCAAAUGAUGGCCGCAAAUUACCACCGCCACUUGAGCAAGCUGAUCUGCCACCGCUCCCGCCUACGAGACGUGAAAGAGAGGCAGCCAUGGCCAAGGAGCACGAGGAAGCCAAAGCGGCAAGCACAGCAAGGAUGGCGAAGCCGCCCCUGCUGCCCAAACGAUCAAUGCCCGCCCUACCCCAGGCGGACAACGCGAGACCGUCUCUACCGCCUCGACUGCCCAGCAGGCCAGCUCGGUCGCCUGGACUCAACGGCGCCGAGCCAUCUCCUCCAGCCCAGCCCUCGCGGCGUCUUCCCCCACCCCCGGACAAGUUCAUCAGGACGAUCCCAGAGGUCAGCGGGAACACGUCGGGAGGGACACCAGCAGCCCCUUCGAAUGAUGUUCCGCCACCGGUCCCCAUCGCGUCUCGGCCUAGUGCGGCCCAGAUUGACGCGGCAGCAGCAAGUAGCGCGGCGCAACAGGCGGCAUCAUGCCUCGUUUGCCGUGAUUUCUCGGUCCCGGAUCAAGUUGCGGGACAGUAUCCGGCGUCAACUCUUGACCGUCGUGAUCCAGUUGGUCACCUUGCCAACGUACUGUGCGGCCCCUUCCCUUCGCCUACAGACAAGGCUCGAGCAAUCUUCAUCUGGUGCCAUCAUAAUAUUGCAUAUGAUGUUCAAGGUUUCUUCGGCGGUUGUAUUCAGAGGGGCACAGCAAGCGACACUAUUUUCUCGGGAAAAGCAGUCUGCGAAGGCUAUGCCCGCGUCUACGAAGCCAUCGCGAAGAGGGCGGGGCUCGAGUGUAUCGUCGUCGGCGGCCAUGGCAAGGGCUUUGGGUUCUCUCCUCUCAAGGAAGGAGAACGGCCGCCUCCACGAAAUGCCACAGGCCAUGCUUGGAACGCGGUCAAGAUCGACAACGGAUACUGGAAACUCCUAGAUGCCUGCUGGGGGGCCGGAAGUGUCGGUGGGCAGAGCUACAAUAAGCACUUCUCGCCGCACCACUUCACAGCAAGCAACGAGAUGUUUGGAAUGAGCCAUUUCCCUGAGAACCCACGGCACUUUUUCCGGGACGACGGAAGGACUCCAUCCUGGGAAGAGUAUUUCUUAGGCGGUGCGACGGGUGAACGUACUCAAUGGUUCUCGAACGCUAUCGAGGAAGGGCUCAACGAGUGGUGCUCCUCCCCAACAGAGAAAAAGAUACCCGUGUACAGUGGCGAGGUAGUGAGGUUCCAGUUUGCAAAAGUGUGCGAGCACUGGACAAGCGAGAGAAAUGGACUGGGAAAGCCUAAACUUCUGAUGAUGCAGAUUCACGGCGUCGACGGGCGGAAGGAUGACACUGUCCCGUGUGAAAGUGAUGGUUUCUGGUGGUGGUGUGACAUACCAGCGAGAGACCUCGGGAGCCCUGGACAGAAGGUUCAGCUGAUUGCUCUGAAGACUCUCGGCGAACACGACGGGAGGGGAGUUACGAAGGCCGACUUCCUGUCGAAGAAGGGCAGGUACGGGAUGAGCUUCGAUAUAUACGCCCAGUGGGAGCUGGUUUGA